AGAUAGAAUGUGAACGCAAAUGAAAAGUAGCAAAAGCAGUGUUUUUAUUGGAAAUACACCUUUUCUCUUUAUUAAAUUAUUGCUUAAUAUGUUAUUCUAGCAAUAAUUAUUGUAUUAAAAAAUAUAUUACUUUUGCAUUUUCUUGGAUUUUUUAUUUUAUUUUUUUGGAGCCGAUGAAUUGGGAUUAUAGAUAAUGGAGCUGUGCUAGCAGACAUUUCUACCACUGUAUUACCAUCAUCUUGCUUUUGCAGAUUCUUGUUCAAUAGUGUCCAUACGAAUCAAAAUUCUGCUUUUUUCUUCUAGUUUCUAUCAUUCUGGCUGCACUAUUACUGCUUAUUGCACCCGUAAUCUACUUAUUUUUAACUUAAACAGGCUAGAAAUUGAGGGUCAAACUCAAAAACUAAAACACUCACAUGCUUGAUUAGUUUGAUUUCAAGAUUUUAUCGAGACCCUUUGAGGGAAUUUGUGCUGUCAGGUUCUUUGUCGGUUGUUUUUUUAUUUGAUAUCUAUUCUUAAAAGAAUCUUUGCUUAGUUUGUUUCAAUCUAUUUCUCCAUCUGGGUUUUUUGUGGGUAGCUGAAAUUUUUAUAGGAAGUGGUAGGGAAUUGAAGAAAGCUGGAAUCUUCGGAAGUUCUUGAUUCUUCCUUCGAUGUGGGUGUUCAAUUCUUGGUCUUCUAUCAUACAGAAUUGGGGCAAUUAAAUGGAUAAGAUAUAAAUUUUUACUGAGCGUGGAGGGUUGACAGUGUGGGAGCUUUUAGAUUCACAUGAAAAUAGCAAUAAUUCAGAAGGAGCUCAAUUUGAUAUUGUUAGAUUGAUAUGAACAUAGCAAGAAUCGGAAGGGGUUUCAAUUUGAUAUUGUUUGAAGUUGAUUUUCCUGGUUAAUUUCUUUGUUAGAUGAGUUUAUUCCAUGUAAUUGGAUUUGGCUUGAAGGUGGGGUAUCAACUUUUGAUGUCAUGUUGCUGGUUUUUGUCUCUCAUUUCUUUGAAUUUGCUGAGUAAAGGUGAAGUCAUGACUACCAGGACCAAUUGGCUUGGUGAUGCAGGGCGGAUAUGGAUAAAAUUGUGGGAUUUGAUUUUGGAAAGUGGUUAUAAGUUCCACCAUUAUUAUUCCCAGUAUAUCGGGUCGAGGAAAGUUAGGACAAACUGGUGGAGGAAGCUUUUAGUGGCAUGGAUUGGGUUCUGGAUCGUAGCAUCGGUUUGGGUGUUCUGGUACAUGAAUUCGCAAGCUUAUGAGAAGAGGAAAGAGGCACUUGCAAGUAUGUGUGAUGAGAGGGCUAGGAUGUUGCAAGAUCAAUUUAAUGUUAGUAUGAAUCAUAUACAGUCCAUGUCUGUUUUGAUUUCAACCUUCCACCAUGGCAAGAACCCUUCUGCCAUUGAUCAGAAUACUUUUGCGAGGUACACGGAAAGAACAGCUUUUGAGAGGCCCCUCACAAGCGGGGUGGCAUAUGCUGUAAGGGUUCUCCACUCUGAAAGAAAGCAAUUUGAAACUGAACAAGGCUGGACCAUUAAGCAAAUGGAUGAUAUUGAACAAACCCCAGUUCAUGAAGACGAGUAUGAUCCAGCAGACCUUGAGCCAUCACCGGUUCAGGAGGAAUAUGCCCCCGUCAUUUUUGCCCAAGAUACUAUUGCACAUGUAAUUUCUGUUGAUUUGCUCUCAGGAAAGGAAGAUCGUGAGAAUGUAUUGCGUGCAAGAGAAUUAGGAAAAGGUGUCCUCACUGCUCCUUUCCCGUUGCUCAAAACAAACCGCCUUGGAGUAAUAUUGACUUUUGCUGUCUACAAAAGAGAUCUUCCCCCUAAUGGAACCCCAGUUGAACGGAUCCAAGCAACUGCUGGGUACCUUGGUGGAGUCUUCGACAUUGAAUCACUUGUAGAGAAAUUACUUCAACAGCUUGCCAGCAAACGAACUAUCCUUGUGAAUGUGUAUGAUACGACUAAUAUCACCCAUCCUAUCAGCAUGUAUGGUUCAAACAUGUCUACUGAUGGGCUGCAUCAUAUCAGUGCCCUUAACUUCGGAGAUCCGUUCAGAAAGCAUGAAAUGCAUUGCAGAUUCAAACAAAAACCACCGUGGCCGUGGGUUGCAAUAACAACCUCGAUUGGCAUCCUUGUAAUUGCAUUGCUCAUGGGGCAAAUAUUCCAUGCCACAAUGAAUCGAAUAGCCAAAGUUGAGGAUGAUUAUCAUCAAAUGAUGGAGCUUAAGAAACGUGCCGAGGCAGCUGACGUUGCUAAGUCGCAGGUACUUGCUUUAAUUACUUAAUCAGUUAAAUUUAUA